AAUAAAAAAAAGAAAAGAAUAUCCCAAGAAAAGAAGAAUAGAAAACAAAAAUUUCCCAAGAAACAAACAGUUUUUGCAGAGGUGUGGUGAGGAGAGAACGAAGAUGCAAGUUUAUGGUGUAGUAAGCGACGCGACGUUUGUUAUUCCUAAGGUCGGUGGUCUGAAGGCUCCGGACUUGAGACACUUCCAUUGUCAUUCAUCACUCUCCCAUUCCAAGUUCUUUCUUUCGGCCGGUUUUUUCAGAAGCUGCCCUUCUUUUUAUCUACCCAAGCUUGGAAACGGGCUGUACAAGUACCGAGCAAGAGAUGUGUCUGUGAGAGCCUCAGAGUCUUCAAGUGGUAGUUCGGUGCCAUUUGCUCCUCUUCAAUUUGAAUCCCCUGUUGGCCAACUUUUGGCCCAAAUUUUGCAAACACAUCCACAUUUACUUCCUGCAGCCAUUGACCAGCAGCUUGAGAACCUUGAAACUGACAGAGAUGAUACCCAGAAAAAGGAUGUAUCUUCUCCUCCUCAAGAUCUACUCUACAAGAGAAUAGCUGAAGUCAAAGACAAGGAAAGGCGCAAUACACUGGAAGAGAUAUUAUACUGCUUAAUUGCUUGUAAGUUUGUGGAGAAUGACAUUACGAUGAUACCAAAGAUAUCAGAGACUUCAGAUCCCACUGGCCGGGUGGAUUUUUGGCCGAACCAAGAGCAGAAACUAGAGUGUAUUCAUUCUCCUGAAGCAUUCGAGAUGAUCCAGAGUCACUUAUCCCUUGUGCUUGGAGAGCGGGUUGUAGGGCCUCUAGAAUCUAUUGUUCAGAUCAGCAAAAUAAAACUUGGAAAACUAUAUGCUGCUUCAAUCAUGUAUGGAUAUUUUCUCAAGAGAGUUGAUGAGAGGUUUCAACUUGAGAGAACCAUGAAAACUCUUCCCGAGCGUUUCAUUAAAGAACAAGAUAGCAUUGAAGAUCCAUCACCAGCAAACCGGUUAUGGGAUCCUGAAUCGUUGAUCAGGGUACCACCUGAUGACGAUGAUGUUGACAGUGACGGGGAAGGUAAGUCAUACAGACUUAGAUCUUAUGUGAUGUACUUAGAUGCAGAUACACUUCAGAGAUAUGCUACUAUAAGAUCCAAGGAAGCUAUUUCAUUGAUUGAGAAGCAAACUCAAGCCCUGUUUGGUAGGCCUGACAUUAAAAUUGCAGCAGAUGGUUCAAUAGAUACAUCUAAUGAUGAAGUGAUUUCGAUUACGUUUUCUGGAUUGGCAAUGCUUGUGUUGGAGGCUGUUGCGUUUGGAUCAUUCCUGUGGGAUGCAGAAAACCAUGUUGAAUCCAAAUAUCACUUCGUCAAGAGCUAAAAUAUCUUUAUUGUAUAUUAUUUUGUUAUCUGAGGUUGUAUAAAUUUGAUUGUCAUGAUGAGAGCAUAUAUGGUCUAAACAUACAAACUUAGGCAACAUCAUUCCUGAAUCACAUUUCUUUU